AACAAAAUAGAGAGAGAGAGCCUCUUCCUAGUCAGAUUGCCAAAAAGGCGUUUGUAUCAGCGAAAAUUCGCAGACGCUUCGGCGAAGCUUCCCGGUCACUCGAAAACCAUAAGGCUCUCUAGUUUUUCUUUCAGGUUUUUCACUUUUGGCGCUCGCCUUUUACUUUUCUUUCAUUGUCUUUUGCUUUCUCAUCCACUCGAAUCCGAGACAAAGUUUAGUUCUCCUUUGGAUUCCAAACCUCUCAGUUUGGUUGCUGAGAAAACGGAGGAAAAUAAAAGAAACGGAGUGCUCGAGUGUUCUUCUUUUUGUUGCUUCUGGCUUUGUUUGUUUUCUAGAGAUUGGAUAUUGAAGCCAAAGUACGGCCAAACAGGACGGUUAGUUUGGUGGCAUUGAAAAUGCAAACGAGGUUUAUGGAAAGAUCAAACAGCAUGGCGAGGGAGAAGCGAGGUUUGGAUUCAACUUCAGCUGAAGAAGGCCAGCCUGAUAGGAAGCGACCUGCUUUAGCUAGUGUAAUUGUCGAAGCUCUGAAGGUGGAUAGUCUCCAGAAACUUUGUUCAACAUUGGAGCCUAUUCUUCGGAGAGUUGUUAGUGAAGAAGUGGAGCGUGCUUUAGCAAAACUAGGCCCUGCCAAACUUACUGGGAGGACUUCUCCUAAACGUAUAGAAGGGCCUGAUGGGAGAAACUUACAACUACGCUUCAGUUCCAGGCUGUCGCUUCCUCUCUUUACCGGUGGAAAAGUAGAAGGGGAGCAAGGUGCUGCAAUUCAUAUUAUUUUAAUUGAUGCAAAUACAAGGCUCACUGUCACACGGGGUCCAGAAUCCUCGGUGAAGCUAGAUGUUGUUGUACUUGAAGGUGAUUUCAAUGAUGAGGAUGAUGAUAACUGGACUCCAGAAGAAUUUGAGGGUCAUGUAGUGAAAGAGCGUGAAGGAAAGAGGCCACUUCUGACUGGGGAUUUGCAAGUGACACUGAAGGAUGGUGUAGGAACACUAGGUGAUCUAACAUUUACUGACAACUCAAGUUGGAUAAGGAGCAGGAAGUUCAGGCUAGGACUUAAGGUUUCCUCAGGCUAUUGUGAGGGCACUCGUAUACGUGAAGCAAAAACAGAAGCCUUCACUGUUAAGGAUCACCGGGGAGAAUUAUACAAGAAACAUUAUCCGCCUGCAUUAAAUGAUGAGGUUUGGAGAUUGGAGAAAAUUGGUAAAGAUGGGUCAUUCCACAAGAGGCUGAACAAAGCUGGAAUUUAUACAGUUGAAGACUUCCUAAGACUUGUGGUUAGAGACUCACAGAGAUUGCGGAAUAUUCUUGGAAGUGGCAUGUCAAAUAAGAUGUGGGAUUUUCUUGUAGAGCAUGCAAAAACUUGUGCUCUAAGUGGGAAACUUUAUGUGUACUAUCCUGAAGAUGAGAGGAAUGUAGGUGUUAUUUUCAACAAUAUCUAUGAGUUAUGUGGCUUGAUUGCCAAUGGACAAUAUCACCCAGCUGAUUCUCUUUCAGAAAAUCAGAAGGUCUAUGUGGACACCUUGGUGAAGAAGGCAUACGACAAUUGGAUGCAUGUUAUAGAGUAUGAUAGCCAGUCACUUCUGAACUUUAGGCAGAAUAAGAGUUUAGGUGCUUCUCAAACUGAGGUUACAAUGAACCCACAAGAUUAUUCAAACCCAUUUGACCAGCAGUUCACCCUACCAAGCCUAACCGUUCCAGUUCCUUCAGAGCAGCCUUCUGUAGAUUCAGCAGGCCUUACAGUUGGAGGAUACAAUGAUAGUAUAGCAACCAGAUUCUCGCUACAGUCACAGAAUGGAAAUCUUAAUGCUCCUGUUCAGUUUGAUGGCACUUCAUUUUCUCUACAGAACCCUUUGAUCAGUGCUUCAUACGAAGCCCAAAUUCCAAGAAGUGAAAAUGUUCUGUCCCUUGGUACAGCACAGUCGUCCACAUCGGGCUUCCAGCCGAUUGGUGCAUCCAAUCUUACUUCUUACAGGGGAGUCGAAGACUAUUUCCCAGAGGAAGAGAUUCGUAUGAGAAGUCAUGAAAUACUUGAACAUGAAGAUAUGCAGCAUCUGCUUCGUAUGUUUAAUGGGGGAGGCCAUGCUCAUGCCUCAGUUAAUGUGGCUGAAGAUGGAUAUCCUUUUUCAUCAGGAUCCAUGGGCACCCCAUCUCUGAACUACAACUUUGACGAAGAUCGUUCUCGUUCAUCAGGAAAAGCUGUUGUGGGGUGGCUGAAGCUCAAGGCAGCCCUGAGAUGGGGCAUCUUUAUUAGGAGGAAGGCUGCUGAGAGACGGGCUCAACUUGUUGAGUUGGAUGAUUCGUAGAUGUGGUCUGAGGCGCAAAGUUGAUCCGGUUUUAUGUAACAUGCCUUUUCUUCCCUGCCUGCCAAUUCCUAUCAUGCUGAAGUUUCUAACAUGACAAGAAAUGGUCAUGGCUUGGCCAAAAAGGAAAAAGAUUGCUUUAGAUAUACGGGUGGUGCUUGACUCUGAGCUAACCUGUUUGCUGUAUACUGCUAGCCUGUACAGUAAGCUUACAUCUUCUGUUAAUAAGUACUCAUAAAAUGUUGUCCUCUCAACAUUCUUGUCUGCUAGUACCAUAGACCAACAAAGUUGAGCUAUUUCUCCUGAAGAUGUUUGCCGAUGGCAGCGGUAGAAGAUUUAAGCGACGAAUCUUCCAAAAAGUGAGAGUUAGCAUUGGUAAUUUUUAGUACAUUUGGAAAUGAUCAGAGUCUGUGGUAGUUGACAUAAUUGUGUGUUAGUUGGAGUACGACAUGUUGUAUCUUAUGCUCUUAAUUGUAGCAUGUUGGUUGAAAUCCAACAUGAUUAUUUUAUCUUGUAUGUUAUUGCCUUGUGCCGGGAGAACAAUAAGUUAAUGGUAGUGAAUUAGUGAUAAAAUUGUCGGAUCAUGUUUUGUUGA